AUGACUUUCACCAAACCCUCAGACUGUCUGCUCAAAUACCCUUCAAUGGAGCGACAGGACCUCAAUCAAUCCCAAUUGGGCAGUUUCAAGUUCACUCCUGUCGACAACAUUCCAUCUGUUUCGCCUGUUGCCAUGCAAUAUUUUCCAGCGAACAUGGAUCCUGCGGCCGCAACCUUCAUGCCGAGCAACACAACGUCCACCCUACCCAGUCCAACUCUCUCUGCACCCCGUUCAGUGACUUUGUGUCUAGCCUUGGCUAACGAACAACAAGCUCACAACGCCACCAGAUUAGAACUCAACCAGGAGGUUCAGCGUUGCUUGGAGUUGGAAGCGCAGAUCAAGAAACAUGUGCAGCAGAUCGCAAGCUUGACUGUCACUGUCAACAACCUCGGAGCCAUCAUCAAGCACAAUAUCAACAAAGACAAUCACACUGGUACAAAGACCGAAAGAGGAGGAAGUGUCGCAGAGGAUGAAGAGGACACUGCUGUGGCAUCAUCCGAAAGCAUUCCAUCUGCCCCUCAGCGCAUCGUUGUCAAGAUGCCGAGCACCUUUGAAGGCGAGCCAAAGUGGUCGGUGAAUAAAGACAAUCCGAUCUUUAAUGACGAUGAGGAGAUGUGGCGCGUGUGCGAUGGUGCAACCGCAGAGUGGAUCAGGAACAGCCCCUUCCCGGAACACCCUGUCCGUUACCUACCAGAGAAAGCUGUCGGUUCACUCAAUGCCUAUCGCACCGUCAUGAUUGAUGAAAUUCCCUUGGGAACUACUUUGAAGGAUGUUCUCGAGGUGGUUCGUGGUGGCACUCUUCAGUCUAUUCAACUCUUCCCUCCGAUCGGUCGUGUCUGCCCGUACAUGACGGCACGAAUUGUGUUUGUCUACGAGGCAUCCGCUAACGAGAUGUACAAGCAACAGGAAAAUGCUCCGUUCAUCAUCAAUGGCGCGCCAGUCCGCACCUGGAAGCCCACUGAUCCCACCUAUCCCUGCAGUGCUGAGGUCGAGGAAGCGAUGUUUAGCGACGAGCAAGCUACGAGAAUCGUGCUGAUUGGCGAAAUAAUGGACGACAAAUUUGCCAUGCUUGAGCCAAAGAUGAAACGCUUCAAGCUUGAUCAUGCAGUGAUUGAGUACAGCUGGACGUUCGAUGGUUAUGGUUCCGUUGAAUUCACCGAUGUCAAGACCGCAAUCAAAGCCAUGAAGGAACUGAAGAGAGACCAUGAUUUCGUGGGCGCUUUCUUCCGCUAUGAUGAUGACUACACCAGACGCGCCUACUAG